AUGGACAACAACAUAGAUAACAACAUAAUAGUUGGCAACAACAACAUAGACGGCAACAUAGACGGAAACAUAAUAGUCUGCAACAACAACAUAGACGGCAACAUAAUAGUCUGCAACAACAACAUAGACGGCAACAUAGACGGAAACAUAGUCGGCAACAACAACAUAGACAGAAACCACACAUCAUCAACAACAGCAAAACCAAUGGCGACGGCUUUUUCACAGCUGCGUCGAAAAAAUGUGCUGAUAAAAAUACCCGAUGGCAUUGACAAUUUAACUGAAAUAUUAUCUGACGCCCCAUGCCAAGUUUCAACCAACACAAAAAUAUCCAGCCCAUCCAAAAUCAAUUCAUGA